GCCGUGGCCGUGGCCCCCGCCCCCCGCACGCUCAACCUGGCCCUCAUCGCGCCGGCCUCGGACAACAACGACCGCAACCUGCCGCACAUCCUGCCCGCCAUGGACCUGGCCAUCAAGGACGUGAGCCACCCCGCCGACGGCAUCCUGCCCGGCUGGAGCAUCGCGCUGCGGCACCGCGACUCGCAGUGCUCGUCCACGUACGGGCCCCUCGCCGCCUUCGACUUCGUCAUGAACAAGACCGUGGACGCCUUCUUUGGCCCGAUCUGCGACUACGUCAUCGCGCCCGUGGUGCGGUACUCGUCCGUGUGGAACAUCCCGGUGCUGACGGGCGGCGGCCAGGCCGAGAACUUCGCCUACAAGGAGAACUUCCCCGUGCUGACGCGCAUGCAGGGCUCGUUCGGCCUGGUCGGCGAGACCAUGAAGGGCAUCCUGCACGAGUUCGGCUGGAAGGUGGUGGGUCUGCUUUUCCACAACAACGAGGUCGGAAGCUCGCAGGGCAACUCGCCGUGCUACUUCACCGGGGCGGCGGUCUACAAGGCGCUCAACUCCACGCCCGUGCACCACAACUUCAACGAGAACACGGCGGACCCCGAGAAGCUCCGCGAGCACCUGGUCUACGUCACCGGCAAGGCCAGGAUCGUGGUGGUGUGCGCCAACCCCAGCACCGUCCGGGAGAUCAUGCUGGCGGCCGAGGAGCUCAACAUGGUGGACAGCGGCGAGUACGUCUUCUUCAACAUCGAGCUCUUCAGCAGCAUGGACCGCAACCGCUUCAAGCCGUGGCACGCGGAGGGCGACACGGACGAGCGCAACGCCCGCGCCAGGAAGGCCUACUCGGCGCUGCUCACCGUCACCGCCAGGACGCCGGACAACGAGUCCUACCGGAACUUCUCCAACGAGGUGAAGGAGGUGGCGCGCGAGAAGUACAACUACACGUUCGGGCCCGCCCCCGUGUCGGCCUUCGUCUCGGCCUUCUACGACGCGGUGCUGCUGUACGCGCUGGCGCUCAACGAGACGGUGGAGCAGGGCGGCGACCCGCACGACGGCAAGGCCAUCACGGAGCGCAUGUGGAACCGCACUUUCAACGGAAUCUCCGGGGACGUCAAGAUGGACUCCAACGGCGACAGGAUCGCCGACUACUCGCUGCUCGACAUGGACCCCGAGACGGGGGAGUUCAAGAUCGUGGCCAACUACAUCGGCGGCAAGCACAAGCUGGAGUACGUGGAGGACAGGCAGAUACACUGGUCGGGCGGCCGCACCACGCCCCCCGCCGACACGCCCCUGUGCGGCUUCGACGGCAGCCUGUGCCCCGAUAACGCGCUGCCGGGGUACGCCAUCCUCAGCAUGGUGCUGAGCUCCGUGGUGGUGGUACUGGCCGUGGCGUCCUUCUUCAUAUUCAGACAUUACAAGCUAGAGGCUGAAAUCGCGUCCAUGACAUGGAGAGUUUGUGCCUGUGAUAUUAAGUUCCCGAACAAGUCCUACAACAAGAUGGGCAUGAACAGGCGAGGCAGCCAAGUCACUCUGUAUUCCGAGGACGGCGUCAGCCUGUUCGAGGGCAACCGUCAGGUCUUCGUGCCCACCGCCAUGUACAAGGGCUCCAAGGUGGCCGUCAAGGCGAUCGCCGACAAGGUGGAGCUCAGCAGAACACUCCUCCUCGAACUGAAGAGGUUAAAAGACAUCCACCACGACCACCUGGCGCGCUUCUACGGCGCGUGCCUGGACCCGCCCAUGCCGUGCGUGCUCAUCGAGUACUGCCCCAAGGGCUCUCUGCAGGACAUCCUGGAGAACGACCAAUUCAAGCUGGACUCCAUGUUCCGCUACAGCCUCAUGCACGACAUCAUCAAGGGCAUGUCGUACCUGCACAGCAGCGAGGUCAAGUCCCACGGCAACCUCAAGUCGUCCAACUGCGUGGUGGACAGCCGCUUCGUGCUCAAGAUCACCGACUUCGGCAUCCACCGGUUGCGGGAGGUGUGCCGGGAGGAGGAGGACUCGCACGCGUACUGGAGGCGGAAACUGUGGACGGCGCCGGAGCUACUCCGGAUGGGCCCGGACGCGCUGUCGGACGGCACGCAGAAGGGGGACGUGUUCUCGUUCGCCAUCAUCGUCCACGAGAUCGUCACCAGGGAGGGGCCGUGGUCCGGCAUCCAGGACCCGGACAUGUCGCCGUACGACAUCGUGCAGUCCGUGAAGGAGGGCGGGCGCAUGCCGCUGCGGCCCGGCGUGGACCAGCUGUCGUGCGAAGACGAGGUCAUGAACCUGAUGCGGCGCUGCUGGGCCGAGGACCCGGCAGAGCGGCCCGACUUCUCCGUGCUCAAGCAGACCAUCCGCAAGCUCAACCAGGACCAUGAGUCGGGCAACAUCCUGGACAACUUGCUGUCGCGCAUGGAGCAGUACGCCAACAACCUCGAGUUCCUGGUGGACGAGCGGACGAGCGACUACUUGGAGGAGAAGCGCAAGUGCGAGGAGCUGCUGUACCAACUGCUGCCCAAGUCCGUGGCCAGCCAGCUCAUCUCGGGGCAGUCCGUGAUGGCCGAGACCUACGACAGCGUUACGAUCUACUUCAGCGACAUUGUGGGCUUCACGUCGCUGUCGGCCGACUCGACGCCGCUGCAGGUGGUGGACCUGCUCAACGACCUGUACACGUGCUUCGACUCCAUCAUCGAGAACUUCGACGUCUACAAGGUGGAGACGAUCGGGGACGCGUACAUGGUGGUGUCGGGGCUGCCGAUGCGCAACGGGCUGCAGCACGCGCGCGAGAUCGCGCGCAUGGCGCUGGCGCUGCUCCACGCCGUCAGGGACUUCAAGAUCCGGCACCGGCCCGGCCUGCAGCUGCGGCUCCGCAUCGGGCUGCACAGCGGUCCCUGCGUCGCCGGUGUGGUGGGGCUCAAGAUGCCGCGGUACUGCCUGUUCGGGGACACGGUCAACACGGCGUCCAGGAUGGAGAGCAACGGAGAAGCGCUGCGGAUCCACGUGAGCGCCGCCACCAAGGCCCUCUUGGACACGUUCGAGACCUUCGAGCUGGAGUGCCGCGGCGAGGUGGAGAUGAAGGGCAAGGGGCGCAUGACGACGUACUGGCUGCAGGGCGAGAAGAAGUCCCUCUCGGCCACGGCCACGGCCGCGUCUGUGGGCGCCUCCUCGCCGCCCGGCCUGCCCCCGACCAGCGUGCCGUCCUCCGCCUCCUCCACGGCCUCGACGGGCUCAUUACAACUCAACAAUUAUCAUGUUCAUUUAGAUACAUUGUUGUGA